CUGAAAAUCUUGUGUUUUCUUCUCUGAGUUUGAUUUAUGUUGGUCAGUGAAAUUAAUCUAAUAUGUGAUUAACAUGCUGCAAAACACAAGGACCUCGUCCUGAACACAAGGAUCAGCUGCAAUGUCGAUCUUUAUUCCAGAAGAUAUCAUCAUCAACAUCCUAACAAGGUUAUCAGUAAAAUAUCUUUCAAGAUUCAGGUGUGUAUGCAAAUCUUGGUACAAUCUUAUCAAAAACCCUCAUUUUGCUAAUCUUCAACUUAAUCAUUCUAUGAAAUAUGGUGGUGAUCAUGGUAUCAUAUAUUAUAAUUGUGAAUCUUAUGAUGAAAAGAUUUGUUUUUGUGUUGAUUACGACUCAUCAUCUUCAUCAUUAAGUAAUUCGGUUGUUCAAAUUGAUUAUCCAUCAGAACAUGGAAUGGUAGAUAUUAUAGGUUCUUGCAAUGGCUUGAUUUGUUAUAGAUCAUAUGAGAAAGACCUUAUCCUUUGGAAUCCGUAUACUAAAGACUACAAGAAAAUAUCACCACCACCAACAGAAGCGGAUUUAAUCCGAGGUUCAUUUAACUUUUAUUUCUAUUGUAAAUAUGGGUUCGGUUACGAUUCCAAAACAGAUGAUUAUAAGUUUGCACGGAUGGCGAAAUGUCAAGGGAGUUCUAUUGAAAUCAGUGUCUACUCUUUAAAAUUAAAUUUAUGGAAGACGUAUCGGGACAUACCAUUUAUAUUCCCGUUUCAUGAUGAUCUAGUGUUUUUUGAAGGAAGUUUUCACUGGGUGCAAUUUCCCGCUUGGGAUUCUGAUCUUCCUAUAAUGAUUGCGUCUUUCGAAAUUGGUACUGAGACAUUCAAAGACAUUCCGCUACCACAACAUUUUUCAAACAAGUUCAACAAGAUAUAUGUUCGUCUUUUGAGAGGUUGUCUUUGUCUAAUUGGUGGUCGGUACAAGAUGGCAUUUAGUGAGGUAUGGAUGAUGAAAGAUUAUGGUGUACACGAGUCCUGGACAAAAAUGUUCACUAUCCCUGAACCAAGUGGCGGUGACCUUGUUAGCUUUGGGUGUUUGAAUCUGAAGCAUUCCUUCAGGAAUAAUGUGACUUUAGUACAGGUAGAUAGGACUCGCUCUUACUUAUAUGAUCUUCAACAUAAGAAGUUUAGAAAACUUGAGAUUAACGACCAUACAGUGUUCCACACAUGGGCUUUUUCGGGAAGUUUGGUUUCACCUAAUAAUUUGGGUACUUGGAUACAGUAGGUCACGACAAGCAGCUUAAUAAGGUUUUACAGGUAUAGGUAUUUACAUUUUAAAUGCGAUGAAAGUUUAGUCUCUGUGGCUUUCACGCCUCUGUGUGGUUUUGACAUUGUAAUAAAAAUCAAACAUGCUUGCUUGACGUAGCUCAAUAGGUGAAUGCGCGUAAAUUCAAUGCACUCGUAUCGUGCAUAUUUGUAAACUAAAGAAAGGUUUGCAUGCAUGUUAUCUUGUUCUUAUGUUGUUAAAGAUCGUAAGAAGCCUUAUUUUUCGAAUGCUUGA